AUGAGGGUCUUCAUCAUUGCCGUUAUUGCUGUCUCUGUUCAGCUGACUGCCUCUCAAGGUGGAAGCGGUGAAUCCUGCAAACACGGUGUGAUUCCACAACCUGAUGGCUCGUGCAAAUGUCCACUGAAUCUGUCCGGCGAUUUAUGUCAGACACAGGAAUGUCCUGCGUCUGACCGUGUGUUCUGUCCACUGUUCGGUGUUGGGUUCUGUGCGUCUGUGGAAUUGUUCAACCACUCACUGUGUCCCGUCAUGUGCGGGAAUUGUCCUCCAAAGUGCAACAAGGUAUGUGAGAACGGAGGCACACAGGAUAGUCUCCCUUGUACCUGUGGCUGCCCUGUGGGAUACACAGGCGACCUGUGCGAGACGCGAGUGCCAGACUGCAGGCAUGUGACGUGUCGCAAUGGCGGCGUGGUUGACCCGGUCACCUGUGAGUGCCUCUGUCUCCAUCCAGGACUCUACACAGGGACACGCUGUGAGCAGACAAAUUGUAGCAUGGUCGUCGACCCUCCUGGCUGUGUGGCAUCUCUCGCGAAUUGCUUGUGUGGUGACCGGGUCCUGUCUACUGUGUGUCCGGUCCUGUGUGGUGUGUGCGCUCCCAGAUGUGAGAAGGCGUGUCACAAUGGCGGAACUCUACAGGAUGACGCCUGUCAGUGCGCAUGUCCAAGAGGCUACACGGGGGAGUUUUGUGAAGAAAGGCUGUGUGGUGCUCCCUGUGAGAAUGGCGGGACGAUGGACGUGGCCUCCUGUAGGUGUUCUUGCCCUGUGGUGUGGUCCGGCACCCGGUGUCAAGUCCCCCUGUGCCUGUCUCCACCGGCUGUAGCGAACGCUGACGUGUUAGUUGUGGACAAGAUGGCGGUUUACACGUGCAGGGCGGGGUCGGUGAGCACGGCGGGGAGUGUACAUAACUCAACAUGUGGUGUUGACGGGACCUGGACACCCACGAACUUUGCAUGCACUGAUGUAACCAGCUGCUUCUUGACGAGAAACGGCGUCCGGGUUUAUCACGGAACACUAUCUACGACCAACCGUGGCCUGACGUGUCAAAGCUGGACCUCUCAGUCUCCGAACAGGCACCGCUAUAGGGACCUUCACUUCAACAACCUGGGCGAGACAGCUGCCCUGGCCGGAAACUACUGCCGGGACCCCUCUGGGGGAGGUGUGCGUCCCUCGGGCCGACUGUGGUGCUACAACGGGGGAUCGAGACGCCCGAGGUGGGACUGGUGUGACGAUGUCCCCCAAUGUUAAUUACUCUGGCACAAUAACGAGUCGAGACGCCCGAGUGACGAUGUUCCCCAAUGUUAAUUACUCUGGUACAAUAACGAGUCGAGACGCCCGAGUGACGAUGGUCCCCAAUGUUAAUUACUCUGGUACAAUAACGAGUCGAGAUGCCCGAGUGACGAAGUUCCCCAAUGUUAAUUACUCUGGCGCAGU